AUGACAGACGAUUUGCUACCGAAGCGUCACACUUCGGACAUUCCAACGCAUUUUCAGAAGAGACAAAUCGAUACACUGGAUCUUGUCACAAAGUACAUCGAGAUCCAUGAAGAGCUGGACGAGCUGCUCAAGUCUGGGUUUGUUGAUCUGGCAAGGGCCAACUACGCAGGAAAUACAAGAUACCAGAACUUCCUGGACCUACGAGAAACAAAUCCGUUUGUUAAUAUAGAUUGGGAAACGUCUGAUCUUAUCAAAGAAAAGACAGCUAGGGCUGACCUAAUGCGUGUUACUUCUCUUGACAGCAUCUUUGACCAGCUGGAUGUAGUCGGCCGAGAUCACAUAAUAGCUCUGGAUGGCACCAAUAAUCAGCAAAGCGACUCCAAAACCAGUCCAGAGGCCGAACAGUCCCAGAGGAUGGUCCUUAGGGAAGUAGAAGCUGAGGAAGAAGCCGAGCGGGAUUCCGAUGACAUAGUAAGACACCAAGUUGACCAGUCCUCCAAUUCUUUGCAAACCUUGGCCACGAAGACAGCCGGCACUGGUGGCAUUGAGAGCGUCAAAAACCUGGAUAAAGGCCACAAGCGGAAGCACACUGGACACAACCUCGAUAACGUCCUUGUUGUUGGAAAAGAGGUUGGCAAUCUGUCUUCUGCCGAGGAGAAGCAACGCAGCGAUAGACACUCCGUAUGGGACCUGGUAGGUGAGAGAAGCCAUGGUGGUGAUGACGGACUGGGCAGCCAAAGGAACAGUUCCGAGAUAACUGGACAAAAGAGUGAGGAUCUCGAAGCCCAAGAACUCAGACAUGAUCAUAAUGAGGUUUGGGAUGCUGAGCUUGAUGAGUUCCUUCCAGUUGGAAAAAGCUUUCUCCAAAGUGAGUCCGUUCCAGCAUCUCAAUGGACGCACCUCGUUGUUGGUUGUGAUGAGAACGUAGGUGGAAGCCUGGAAGAUUCCCUGUGCCUGCAGGAACCUCUUUCCCGUCUCAAAGAAGAUGUAGCCUGGCAGUCCGAAGGUGAUGACUCUGAGGUAUGUUGCGGCGAGCUUUGCGCUUUCCUCAUCGGGCAGGAUCUUGAUCAAGACGACCUCGGCCCAGAUCCACCAGCAAACACAGACAACAGCCAUGAUUGUGAAGAUCAGAGCGGAACACCUCUGGAAAAUCAAGCCCACCACUUUGUACUUGCCUGCUCCAUAAGCUUGUGGCAAGAACGUGUCAAGAGACGAGGCCAGGCCGCAAAUAAUUGCCAAUGCAGAAAUGUUGCAACUCAUCGUACCGAGGGUAAUUCCUGCCAAGGCCUGUGGGGAAAUAUGGCCAACGGCAAAGAUUGA